GGCGCGCUCGGCCCGGAGCCGCUCGGGGGGGGCCGUGCCGGGCCGUGCCGGGCCGGGCUCCGGCGGGGCCAUGAGCGCGGCGGGCGGGCGGGACGCCUGCUGGAGAUAUCUGGACAUGGCCAGGGAAGCCAAGCCGAGCCGAGCCAGGCUGGGCCAGAAGAGGCAGCACAGCAGCAGCCUGUACCACAGUAACUGUGACCUGGACUACGAUCUCUACAGGGACGACUUCCCGUACCGGGUGUAUGAGUACCAGAAGAUCCCACCCCUCAUUAACCGCAUCCCCGUCAAGGCCAGGAGAACUCACGCAGGAGCAGGAGGCAAAAGCAGCCCGAGCCCCCAGCCCGGGGCGCGGAGCAGCAGCAGCUCCACAGGGACACGGACAAAACUGCGAGCUGAGGAGCUGCACUCCAUCAAGGGGGAGCUGAGCCAGAUCAAGGCGCAGGUGGACAGCCUGCUGGAGAGCCUGGACCGCAUGGACCAGCGGAGAGAGCGGCUCUCGGGGUGCAAGGAGAGUGAGAAGAAGAGGGCGGAGGUGGGCGCAGGAUCGCCGUCCCUGGUGGGAGAGGGCUCCCGGGGCAAGGAGGGGACAGGAGGGGACGGGCGCAGUGACCUGCGCACCAUAGACAGCGCGGAGGAGAGCACGGACACAGAGGAGACGAUGAAAACGCACAUCUCAGACCCCGAGGGGAGCCACUAGAUGGACUGGGUAUGCUGGAGCCUUCCCAGUGUGCCAGCAGCUCCUGUCUUGUGUCCGUCUUUCUUUCGAGGCUUCCAGCUCGUGCCAUGCUGGUGCCAGGUGCCCGCUCCCAGCACUCACGUCCCCUUCCAUGGUGCCAUCAGCCCCGUGUCCCACCCUGGCCAGCCACGGUGAGAGAAGUCUGUGUUUGAGUGCGCUUUGGGUUUGUUUUUGUUUUUUUGUUCCUCCUGUUUUCCAGCUAGGGAUAAGUACACAGGGCAGGGAGGGUUGGAGGGCAGAAGGCCCACGUCCCGAAGGAGCAGCAGCCUGGAGCAGAAAUCCACGGUGUCCUCCUUCUUUGGAUAAAGUGUCCCAUACACACCGGUCACAUCCCGAGCCCUUGCCCCCGAGGCGUGCCCCCAGCUGCCUGCACACUCGAGGGUGGGCUCGUGCUGUUGGAGGUGACCGCCCUAAAGAGGAACCAGAGGGGCUGUCAGCACAGGACAAAGCCACAGCCCCGUGCCACCAGUGCCAUGGCACAGGGCCCGGCGGCUCCCAGUCACCCGUGCUCACAACUGGGUUUUCCUUACUGGUUCCCCAAGGACUCCCACCAUGCUCCUGUCAGCAGGAUGGAGCCUCUGCCCCGGGAAGUCGCGCCCCCAGCCCCACUCCCCCCAUCCCGCAGAGCUGUGCCACGUGUCCGUGUCCCUCGUUUCUAGGUCGUCCUUCUCGCUGGUAGGAAGUUGUUCUGUAUCUCUAAUUUGCCCCGGUAAAAGAGUGUAUUGUGUUGGAAAGGAAAAAAUAAAAUAAAAUUUGUAUUUCUUUUCUCUGGUUA